AUGGUAGAUGUGCAGUCCCUCCAAGCCAAGGGCCUUUGGGGUGCCAUUCAUGAGCUGGGCCACAAUCAGCAGCAAUCUGAAUGGGAGUUUCCCCCUAACUCCACCGAAGCCACCUGCAAUCUUUGGUCUGUUUAUGAGAAUGAGACUGUGUUGGGCAUCCCAAGAGAUAAGGCCCACAAUGAACUUGCACCAGAAUUUAGAAAGAAGAGGAUUCAAGAUUACGUUGAAAACGGAGCACAGCUGAAGGACUGGGAAGUAUUUACUGCCCUGGAGACAUACCUGCAGCUGCAAGAGGCCUUUGGAUGGGAAGCCUUCAUGGAAAUCCUUUCUGAAUACCACAAUAUGUCUGAACUCCCAGAUGAUAAUAACUCAAAAAUGAAUCUGUGGGCAGAAACCUUUUCUCGUCUGGUGAAAAAGAAUUUGGCCUGGGGAUGGCCAAUCAAGGAGAGCCUUUCUCAGCAGCUGGCUGUUUCUUUCCCCAGUUGGUCAGAUGAUCUAAUGAAGCAAUAUAUCUCCUAUGCAGGUUUUUGCUCAUGA